CCAGCUUUAAAAAAAAAAAAAAAAAACAAUCUUAAUAUAAUAAAAGCUCAGUUAGAAUCAAUUCAUAAGCAUAUUUGUUUGUGAUACGUUCUACCUCUAAAUGUAAGCUUACACAAAGGGAGAUAACAGUAUUUUUUCCGGCUUUCAGUUUUUCUGAACAUGCUAGCGAAUGUGUAAUUUACAUACCGGCUGGCUGUGCCUCUUAAAUCACGAAACAAUGAAUGUCCAAUGGCAGUCUACUCAGAGCAUCUGCAUUUGUGUGGUCUCGGCCUACCUUGUAGAUAAUGGUGUACUCAUAUGCUCCUAAUGUGACAGCCCAUCUCUGUAUCCGGGGAGAUGUCAUCUGUGGUAUGGCUCUCAUUUCACUAAAUAGUGAAAUUAGCGGCUUAUGGUCUGUCACAAUGGUGAACUUUCUCCCGUACAAAUAUUUGUGGAAUUUCUUCACUCCAAACACUACGGCCAGUCCCUCCUUGUCUAGCUGCGAGUCAUUUUUCUCAGCGGCAUUGAGAGUCCUUGACACAAACCCUAUAGGUCUGUCUAAGCCAUCUGGCAUUUGAUGGGAAAGCACUGCCCCCACCCCGUAGGGCGAGGCAUCACACGCCAAGAUGAUGGGUUUGUUUGAAUCAUAGUGAACUAACACACUACAGGAUUGAAGAAGCGCUUUUGAUUCUGUGAAUGCCUUCUGCUGCUUUGAACCCCAUGACCAUUUUCCCUCCUUUUUUAAUAGGGCAUGUAGCAGAGCCAGUAGCGUGGAGAGUUUUGGGAGGAAUCUGUGGUAAUAAUUCAACAACCCCAGGAUGUGGCUCAGUCCUGGGAUAUUAAAUGCAAGCCAACAUUCCACAUCUGUAAGAACGAAAAGAAUGUUGAAGAAUUGUCUGGCAGCAACCAGGCCUAACUAGAGGAGCUGGUCAAAACGCACAAAUAAGCAUUCAUGUCAGGCAUUGUAUUGUCGAUAGCGAAGACCACUUUUGUUGGAGUUUCAUAAAAAAAAAUAUGAUACAGAACAUUGGAGAGCAGCUCCUCAGGUCCAGUUAAUACAAGUCACAGGAGAAUGCCCAUGGAUUCUUUAAGAAGUAAAUUCUACACAAUCGGAUCACGUCAAUUCAGAAAAUAAGGAUGCAGAGGAUUGGUCAAGAAUGGAAAUUCCUGGGAUCCAUUUAACUGGACAUGUCUGGUACAGAGUGGUCACGGGAACUCUAGGGAUGUUGUGUGUUCUUUUGCUGACUGUAGUUAUAGUCCUCUCAGUGGAGAGAUUGCAUUUAAAUUCCACCUGCAGUAACUGUCCCUCAGAGAGAGACCUGUUGCAGACUAAUCUCAAGACUUUGCAGAAGGAGAACACUGAAGUGAAAAGCCAGAUCUCUGAUCUUGAGAGACAUAUGCAGGACGGAUGGAUCUUUUUUGCAUCUAGUUUCUACUAUUUAUCUACUGAGGUGAGGUCAUGGGAUGUGGCCAGAAAGGACUGCCAAAACAGGGGUGCAGACUUGGUGAUCAUAAACAACAGAGAUGAACAGGAUUUUCUGUUCAGAAUGCAAAAGGAAUUCUGGAUCGGGCUAAUUAAAAAGGAUGGAUUGUGGAAAUGGGUAGACGGCACGGCCCUCACUGAUGGGUUUUGGGAUGAUGGUCAGCCAAAUAACUACGUUGGAGAGGAGGACUGUGCUGAGAUCAGAGAAAGUGACUAUAUUAACAACUGGAAUGAUGAUUUGUGCUCGAGGUUGGAAUUGUGGUUGUGUGAGAAAAUAAGACUGUAGUUUGCUGUCUGCCUUCCACUGGGCGACCCUUCCACAUGAUCAUUUUGAGUGCUAAAGCAUUUUUCACCUACAGUAUAAUUUUGAAAGUGAAAGUGUAGCAGAAUAUGUUUUAGAUGCUUAAGUUUUAUUCAGCGACCAAACUAUGCUGGAGUUUCAAAUAAAGCAGUUCACAGCC